AUGGAGGCCGAUUCCAAAUCAAAAGAGAUUGAACAACAUGAUCAAUGGUUAUAUUGUUCAAAUUGUUUAAAUGGAGUGUUGGAAUUUAAACAUUUGGGUUUUUAUAUUGAUAUGGAGGGUGUUUAUCUCGAGGUUCUAAGAGAUAGUUCAAGUAUUUUUAAUAAUAAUCAUUUCUAUGAUCACAACUAUAGAGAUGGUGCUGAUAUUAUAGAUCAAUUACCAAAUAUUGAUAGAUAUCAUUUAGUUUCAAAAUCAUUACAACAACAACAACAAUAUUCAACAACAGUCAAUGAUAAUAGUUAUUAUAUGUUUGAUUCAAGAAAACAUGAUUUAUCAGUCCAAAGACCAUAUUUAAUGUGUAGCUAUAAAGAAUGUUAUAAUAUAAUUGGUUUCUAUCAUAUGAAUCCAUUUAAAAAGGUAUUUUCAUUUCGUCUUGAUCAUGCAAAAACAAUUUUAGACUUUAAAUAUGAAGAUAAACCAUGGAAAUUCUUUUUAAAUAAUCCUAUUUUCGAAAAAAUUCAAGUUUAUAAAAAUCAAGAUAUUGAUUAUUAUGGUUUUAAUUCAAUAAAUAAAAAAUAUUAUAAUAAUAAUGAUAAUAAUAAUAAUUUUAAUAAUAAUAAUAAUAAUAAUAAUAAUAAUAAUAAUAAUAAUAAUAAUAACAAUAAUAGUUUAAAUAGUUUAUUUAAAAAUAAUGAUAAUGAUAAUAGUAAUAAAUUUCAACCAAGAAUGGAAACAAAAGAUGUUCAUUAUAAACCAACAAUGUUACCACAAGAAAAACCAAUGAUACCAAAAUUUAAAGAAGGUGUAGAAAUUAUACCAAGAGAUUAUCAAAUUGAAAGUUAUUAUCAAUCUACUCAAGAUAAUACAUUAUUGGUAUUACCAACUGGUAUGGGUAAGACAUUGGUAUCAAUAAUGACAUUGUUAGAGAUGUUUAGUAUAAAUGAUCAAGAUAAUUCAUGUGGUGAUUCAAAGAGGAUAGCUUUGUUUUUGGUUGAUAGAGUACCAUUGGUUACACAACAAGCCGGUGCAAUUGAAGCAAUUACAAAUUUAAAAGUAUGUAAAUUAUAUGGUGAAAUUAAUGAUAGUAGAACAAGAGCAUUUGUUAGAUCAAAAGAAUAUGAUGUAUUGGUGUCCACAGUUGGUAGUUUAGUGAAUCUUUUAGAGGUACGUCAUUUGAAUAUACUCGAUUUCUAUUUCAUCACUUUUGAUGAAGUUCAUCAUGCAACUGGUGAACAUGAUUUCAAUAAGGUGGUUGAUUACAUUCGUAAAACCGAUUUAAACUUUAGACCAAGAAUCUUGGGUUUAACGGCUUCACUUGUAAGUAUUGGUAAUUCAACGAUUGAUAUAGUUCAAAGAUCAAUCAAAGAUAUGGAGGAAAGAAUGCUUUCAAGAGUUUUCAAACCAACAUCAUUACUUACAAAUUCCACUCAAUCAGAAUUACAACCUGAAUUGGUUUCGUUCAAAACCUCUGGUCAAGAAUCAUUAAUAGAAACUUCGAUUUGUGAAUUUUUGGUAUCAAAUAGUAAAGAAUUACAAAUCUUUUUAAAUUAUAGUGAUGUUGAUUUGGAUGGUGUUAGAGGUAAUCCAUCAUUUUUAAAAGCAUUGGAAAGAUUAGAUAAAUAUUCCAAACAAUUAGAAUCAAUCUAUAUAGAGUAUACAAAGGUAUUGAUAAAACUAUAUGAAUUGUUAUCAGUAUUGUCAACAGAAGGACCAAAACAAGUUUUAACUGGAUUGGAUCUUUUAAUGCAAUCUACCAAUCAAGAGAAUGAACUCUACAAUAAAUUAUUGGAAUUAAGAUAUUACAUUAGUGGUCAAUAUGAAGAUAGGGAAUCAAAUUUUGAAAAGGGUUCAACUCGUUAUAGAAAGUUAAUCAGUUCUUUAGAAUAUGCAAUUAGCGAUGCAUCCGAUGGUGAAUUACAAAAGGAUUUAAGAAUUUUAGUUUUUGUUGAAACUAGAUCCGGUGCAUCAAAUUUAACUUCAAUGUUAAAGAAAGAACCAUUCCAAGAGUAUUUACACACCAAGAGAUUGGUUGGUCAUAAUGGUGACGACGGUAUGGAUUCAGAGAAACAACAAAGUAUAAUUAGAAAAUUUAGAGAUGGUAAAUGUAGGUUAAUAGUUACAACAAAUGUAUUGGAAGAGGGUAUUGAUGUUCAAGAUUGUAAUAUAGUAAUUUGUUAUGAUGGUAUAUUAAGUUUAAAAUCAUUAAUUCAACGUAGAGGUAGAGCUAGAUCAAAAAAUGAAUCAAAAUUCAUUAUAAUUUAUAAUGAUGAUAAAGAUUUAAAAAUAUUAAAUAUAUUAAGUAGUGAAAAUUUAUUAAAUAAUUCAAUUAAUCAAAUUUUAUCAAAUAGAGAGAGACAAGCUAUUACAAAAAAUCAAUUUUUAAAUUGGAAGAAAUUAAAUAUUAAUAAUGAAUAUUUUAUAAAUAAUCAACUAGAUGGUGGUCCAUUAGAUAAAGAUAUAAAAUGUGUGAUUUUAUCAAUUUAUCAUAUUGAAAUUGAUAUUGAAACUUUUAGAGAGCUUUUAUUAUUCCAACUUCCAGAUAUUGUCAAUCAAGUUGACCAAGUUUCAAUUAGAAUGGAAGGUGAUGAUGAAUAUUUAUCAAGUUCUAUAAUCGUUAUUUUAAAUACAUGUAUAGAUAAAGAGCAAUCAAUUUAUAGAUUAAAAUCUUUAUUAAAUAUAAAUGGUCUUAAAUAUUGGAUGAUUGAUAGAUCUUCGUUUCAUUUUGAAGAUGAUAAUAUUGAUAAUGAUAAUAAUAAUUCAUAUGAUAGAGAAAAUGAACAAGAUAAUUUUAAUUACUUUAUAAAUGAAUACACUCAUGAUUUAAGUCAAUUUAAAAAUAAAAAUUAUUCAAUUGGAAGUUUUGAAUAUGGUAAUAUGUCAAGUCCAACAAAAUAUCAUGGUAUUGGUCAAUUGGAUGAUUCAUUCGAUUUGUUUUAUGGCAAUAGAGAAAUGUUUUUCACAAAAAAAACUAGAUUUCAAAGAUACAGAUUAAAUUUAAAAUUAACCGAUAUUGAAAGUACAUUUUUACUUGUAAAUGAUAAAUAUCAAAAUAUUGUUCAUAUCCUAUUGAUUGUAAAAAGACCAUUAAUUUUCGAGGAAGAGAAAGAAACAACACAUAGAGUUUUUUGGAAUAAAUCAAAACCAAAGAAAGAUGAUUUUGGUCAAGCAUUUGUAUAUAGAUUAACAUUAUCAACAAUAGAUAACGAAAUUAAAGAAGUGAUUAAACCAUUGAUAGCCAAUGGAUUCAGAAUGUAUGAAUCAUCUUUAGAGUUAAAUUGUUUUAUUCAAGGUGGUAUUAACAAAAAUAACAAUUGUAUGAUUAUCGAUUUAAAUUUACAAUAUAUUAAAAGGAAUUUGGAAAUUCAUUAUUUAUUACAAUGUUUACAAAGUCAAAGUUCAUAUGGUAGAGUUUUAAAUCAAGAUUUUAUAGUUGAAAUCAAUAAUCUAUUGGCAUUUGGUAAACAAGAGGAAGCAGAGUUCAUUAUAACAUCAUUGAUUUCAAAGAGAACUAAAUUCAUUAAUUAUAAAGAAUUCAUAGGUGAUUGUUUGAAAAAUUUUUUACCCGAUCCUUAUUAUGCAAAGAAAAAGGAUCUCUCAACAAAGAGUGGUGAAUUUACAAUGAUUCGUGAUGUUUUUAUAACACCAAGUAGAACUAUUUUCAUUCAACCAACACUACAAAGAUCAUGUAGAGCUGUUCGUAAAUUUGGUUCAUCCAAUUUCAUUAUGGUUAAAAUUGUAAAUGAAUCAUUGGAACCACUUCAAGGUGUAAAUAAUAAACAUCCACUUCAUGAGAAUAGAAUUAAACCAAUACUUGAGGGUGGUAUAUUGGUUGGUGGUAAAAUCUAUUCGUAUGCUGGUAAUAGUAAUAGUCAGUUAAGAGAAUAUUCAUCUUGGUUCGUUUCUAAUCAAAUUGGUACACAUACGGUUAAAAUUUGGAGUGGUAUAGAGCAUGUUGAUAAUGUUAGAAAGUUUUUCAGAUGUAUUGGUUUAAUGUUUUCAACAACGAUUCCAACGGUUACAUUACCACAGAAUCGUAUCUAUAGAAUCCAAGAUAUCACCAGAAAUACCCAUGUAUUCACUGAGGGAUGUGGUGAAAUUGGUCCAGAACUUGCUAAACAUUUAAAUGAAAAUUAUAAUUUCAGACCAUCAACAUGUGCAUAUCAAGUUAGAAUAGGUGGAAAUAAAGGUAUGUUGGUGGUAAACAAUCAAGCACCCGAUCCAUCUGGUAUUUAUAUUAGACCAAGUAUGGUGAAAUUCAAUCCAAUCGUUUGUGGUGAUGAACAUAGAACAUUAGAGAUUUGCAGUGUUUCAACAACUUCAAGAUGUAAAUUAAAUAGACAAGUAAUUAGUUUACUCUCAACAUUGGGUACACAAGAUAAUGUUUUCUUUGCAUUACAAGAUCAUUAUCUAAAUCAAGUGGCUCAAAUCGUAAAUGAUACCAAUGCUUCCAAACAAGCAAUCGUUGAAUUCUUUCCAGAUAUUACAGAGGGUGAACUUUAUCAAGAUCCUUACAUUCGUAGAAUUUUAAUUAGUCUUUAUAAAUUAAAAAUGGAGAGAAUUCAACAAAAAUGUCAUAUAGAGAUUAAAGAUAGUAGAAUGUUGUUGGGUGUUUGUGAUCCAACAAAUUCAUUACCACCAAAUACUGUAUUUGUUCAAUUGGAAGAGGAAGAUGAAGAUGAUGAUGAUGGUCGUAAAUAUGAAAAAGUAAUUGAAGGAUUGGUAAUGGUAAUUAAAAAUCCUUGUACUCAUCCUGGUGAUGUAAGAUAUUUAAAGGCUGUUGAUAAUUUAAGAUUAAGACAUUUAAGAAAUGUAUUAGUUUUCUCAACAAAAGGUGACGUACCAAACUUUAAAGAAAUUUCAGGUUCAGAUUUAGAUGGUGAUCGUUAUUUCUUUUGUUACGAUAAAUCAUUGAUUGGUAAUCGUUCAAAAUCAGAGACAGCCUAUUUAGGUGACGAGACCGUUUCAAACAAUGAUAAAAAGGCCAAUGUUUUCAAUGAUCCAUUUGCUUUAUCCUCAAUGUACUCUACAAAUGUUGAACGUCAAGAACUUGGUAAAAUGUAUAAUUCACAUUUGGCAAUCUCUGAUCUUUUCGGUGCAAAUCACGAAUUUUCAAUUCAAAUCUCAAAAGAAUGUUUUAAAGAAAUUGAUUAUCCAAAAACUGGUAUUCAUGGCACUAUUCCAAAAGAAGCAAAUGUUUGGUUAAAAACUAAAGGUUAUCCACAUUAUAUGCAAAGAGAGAAUUCAACCAGAGUUUAUUAUCAAUCGAAAACCAUUAUGGGUAAAAUGUAUGAUCAAAUUGAUCAGUUGGUUUAUAUUGGUGAUUUCUUACCAAAUAUUAGUCUUGAUAAAAGCAAUUUGGUUGAUGACUAUGAAAUCUAUUUAAAUAGUGCUAAAAUCUUAUAUAGUCAGUAUAAACUUCAAGUUCAUUCAUUGUUAAGACAUUAUUCAGCGGAGUCUGAAGAAUCUAUAAUGAUUGGUUUUCUUGAUCAAGGUUUUAUUAGUGACAAAGUUUCAAAAGAUAUCAAAGGUGAAAUGAAAAAUGAUUACAUUAAAAUUCAACAAACUUUUGAAAACGAGUUUUUAAAGGAAUUUGGUGAACAACAUAAAGAGAAUUGUUUAUUGAUUCAUAGAGUAAACAUUGAAAAGAAGGUAUCAGCAUGGUACCAUGUUGCAUAUAGUGAUUUGAAAGAUGAUAGAGCAUUAGGUUUCUAUUGGAUUGCUCGUUCGUUCAAACAGAUGACAUUGGAUCAAGAAAGUCAAAAGAAAAAAAAUAUUUUGGUUAAUAGCAUCUUGGAUCAUAUGAACAAAAAAAAAGAUACUUUAUUCCCAUUAUACGAAAGUCGUUUAAUGAUUGUCAAAGAAUUAACAUUAUUUUUAAAUAUGUUAAAUGAUACAGUAUUUAAAGAAUCAACAUUGGAAAUUAUUGGUUCAACCGCUACAAUGUUAUUUGAUGAAAAUUCAAAUUUAAAUUUAUACUUAAAACUAGAGAGUCAAAAUGAUCAUAUGAAUUUAGCUGAAAAGAAUGAAAUUUUAAAUCAAUUAAAAGAUGAAAUUAAAACAUCCUCUUUUAUAUCAGCUGAAGCUUGUUCAAUUAUCAAGAUCCAAGGUGACAUUCCAUUAUUUAAAUUCAAAAUAGAUAAAAUUCAAUGUUUAAUUGGGCUUGAAACUAGUAAAUGGCAUGAAACAUUGGUACAACAACAAUACAUUACUAAAAAUCCUUCAAUUUUAUCAAUAUUGUUUUCAAUCAUUGAUUGGAGUAUUAAUUCAUUGUUUGUUGAUAGUGAAACUGGUGAAAUUAUAAAUAAUUCAAAGGUUUAUUCAUCUUUAAACCUUCAAAAAGUUAUAGUUGAGAAUUCAAUGAUACCAAGUAUAUUCAAUAAUAAAAAUCAUAACAAUAACAAUAAUAAUAAUAAUAAUAAUAAACAUAGUGUAAAGAAUCUUACAAAAUCAAAUUUGUUCUCUUUGUUAAUUGAUUUUUGUAUUAUCAACAAGUAUAUAGAUAAAUGUAAUCCAAAUGAACUUACAAAUACUACAUCCAAUUUAACAAUUGGAAAUUGGGUGAAAUUGAUAGAAAUAGCUUCAAGAUACUUUUCAGUGGAUAAUAAUAACAAUAAUAACAAUAAAGGUCAUAAAAGAAACAAAAACAAAAAUUUGGAUGAAUAUAAUACAAAUAAUUUAGGUGAUACAAUCUUAUCAUUUUUUAGAUUCUAUUCAGAUAGUUUUGGACGUUCAAUCUAUGGAAAUGAACCAUUCAUUAUUAAAUUGUUUUCUAAAGAUGCCAAUGAUAUUGAAAAUCAAAUACUCAAUCCUUCAACUGAAUCACAUAAAACUGCUUUAUUAUUUUAUCAAGAAUCAUUUAGACAUGCUCUUCAUUCUCUUAGUACUUUUGUUAGCGUUGAAGAGUUCUUAUCAAAUUGUUUAAAAACUACAAAAAAAAUAAUGCCAAUUAAAAAAAAUCAAAUUAAACUUUUACAACAGAGAAGUGUAAAUGAAGAAAUAGUUAAAAAUGUUCAAUUAUGUGGUUGUAGUAUUAAAAUUGAUACAAAUGUUAAAAAUCCUUAUAUUUUAAUCGAUGGAAAACCACAACAAAUAAGAUUGGCUCAAAAUGCAAUUAGAGAUCUCUUGUCUAUAAAAACUGAAAACUAUAAUUUGGCCACAAAAAGAAAUAAUAAAAGAAAGAAUUUUACAUUGGGUGAUUUUGCUAAAAAAUAA